UUUGCCCCACCCUACGCUGCCUCUGCCUUUACUAAUUUCCUGCUUGUCCCCGCUACCCGCUCCGCGAUCCCCGCUCAAACAUCUCGAAGCCGCCCGACCGCGAAGCCGUCGCUGUUCUCUCCUCUGCCCGACCAAGCCUGCCCACCGGGCGUAGCCGCUCUCUAUUUCCACCGCGAAUGUCCAGGCCAUCUUGCUAAACACCGCUUACACUCCUGCUCCCUACGCAACCUUCGCCGUCGUUUUUCGCCGCCAUCGCAGUAGUAAUCUCCGUUCUUUCUACCCUCUCUCCUACUCUGUUCUAAAUCCGCCACAUGACGCCAUCCUUCCUCAUCACAACCCCACGCUACCGCUACGGCUGUCAGAUAUCUCUCAUUUCUUCUCCCCUUCACUAGUUUCGGUCCAAAUCUCAACUCUCAAUAGCGUAUCUGGCUGCCUCCGAUCUUGUAUCUUGCCUUCUAUUUGACUAUCGGCUUCUGGAACGGGCGAGCCUCUCAAAAGGUUCUCUCUCCAGCCCCGAUUUGUAAAUAUGGCGAUCCAAAUGAGGAAAAAGUGGAAGUUCGCCGAGGAUGGAGUCUUCUUUGCUGAGCUUAGCCAAGUGCUCGCGCCGCAUCAUGCUGAAGUUGGAUGCUCCAGCGUCAAGCUACGUGCGCUGGCCAUUAGGAAUAACAUCGUUUUCCGUUCUAGGAGGACAGAGAAUGCACUUGAUGACAAAGGAGGGGAUGAUAUGGGGAUCGACUUCUGUGAUUGGAAAGAGGUUCAUGUUUUAUGAGAACACUGCAAAACUCUAUACGAAGAAGGUUAACAACAGAGGGCUUUGCAGAAUCGCGCAAGUCCAGUUCUUGCCAUUCAAGCCUCUUGGGGGGCUUGGUAUUCAAAGGGCAUUUUUUGGAGUCCAACCAGCAAGGGAUAUCAUGAAGUCCGAUGAAACAUAUGUUAUUUCCCAAAGGGCUUUUCUCCAAGAAAAUUUUGAUCUGUUAUUCAGCAGGGAUGGAAUCAUUAGAAUUUUGGAAAUUUACACAGAAUUGGAUGAUGGGUAUAUGACUGUGAUGAGUUUGCUAUUUGAGAGAGGUGAGGUCGCAAAGAUGCUGGAUUUUCAUAGAAAUUUGGCCGAAAGGGGUCUUUUACCGAGAAUUUAUGAUGUUAAUCGAUUUUUGAAUGGCUUAUGCCGCACGGGGAAUCAAAUUUCUGCUGCUUUUGAUUUGUUCUGCUUGGUCUUGGAGAAGGGUCCAGAACCCACUGUGGUCACCUAUAGCAUAUUAGUUCGUUCUUUUUGCUACCAGGGUAGAUUAGAUGAUGCAUCUAGAAUUUUUGAGCUGAUGUUAAAAAAAGGAAUUAAUCCAGAUUUGAUAAUGUAUUCUAUUCUGAUUGAUGGGUUUUGCAAGGAGGGUCGAAUGGAGGAGGGAACUCAAAUACUUGACAGGGCCUUGAAGUGUGGGAUUAAGCCAGAUGUUGUUGUUUUCAGUUCUCUUAUGGCUGGCUAUGUUAGAGUUGGGAAUAUGUUGCAGGCCUUCAAGCUAUUCAAGGAAAUGUUGAAGGACGGAGUGACACCUAAUGUUGUCAGUUAUAGCACAUUGAUGAAUGGAUUAAGUCAGAGCGGUCACAUUCUUGAAGCAUGUGGAAUUUUUUCAAGGAUGCUGAAGCAAGGACUUGAGGCAAAUGUUUUAACCUAUAACAGCCUUAUAGAUGGGUUUUGCUACUUGGGUGAUUUGCGAGAAGCUUUUUGUGUGUAUGAUCAUAUGAUGAGCAGCCCUUGCGCACCAGAUGUGGUUGUAAAUUGUUUGCUUGUUAAGGGUCUCUGCAAAAUUGGGAGGACAGUGGACGCUCUUAGGUUUCUUCUCAAGACAGUUUCGGAACCUAACAGCAUGGUUUAUAACGCUUUGAUUGAUGCGUGGUGCAGAUUGGGAAAAUUAGGUAAUGCCUUGAAAACUUACAGGUUAUUGAUACUGCAUAACCUCGUACCAGAUGUGGCCACCUUCACAUUGCUUAUCAAAGGCAUGGAAAAUGAUGGGAAGUUUCUUGAAGCAGCCAUGCUUUUCUUCAGGAUGAUUAAGACGGGUUUUAAUCCGGAUACCAUAACAUAUUGCGUAUUGAUUGAUGGCCUCUGUAAGAACAAGAAUGUGUUGGCCGGAAUGAAGAUGUGUGACAUGAUGCAUGAAAACAACACUCAUCCUGAUAUUUAUGUUUAUAAUGUUUUCAUGAAUGGUCUUUGCAAGGAAGGAAUGGUCGAUGAGCUGCCAAAGCUUCUUGGGAAGCUCUUUCGAAAGGGUUUGAAACCUGAUAUUGUGACUUACAACACUAUGAUGAGUGGUUUUUGUUCUGUGAAAAAAAUAAGUAAAGCUAUUGAGCUUUAUCAGACCAUGUUGAGAGAAGGUCUUGAGCCUACUGUUAUCACCUAUACAAUUCUGAUUGAUGCCUUCUGUAAAGAAGGCCAGCUGGAUGAAGCGACGCUAUUUUUUAAUGUGAUGCUAAAGCAGGGUUCUGUGCCUAAUGUUGUAACUUACAGCUGUUUGAUGGACGGCUACUUCAAAAUGCAGAAGAUGGAAAAUUCAAUUGCUCUUCAUGAAGAAAUGUUAAGAAAUCACAUCUCCCCAAAUAUUGUUAGUUACAGUGUCCUUAUUGAUGGCCUUUGCAAGGAGGGUCAUUUGGAGGAAGCUUCACAAGCUUUUCAUGAUGCUCUUAGAUCAGGAUUGUUGCCUGAUGUUGUGGCCUAUGGAAUUCUUAUUCACGGGUGUUGCAAAUCUGGACAAUUAGAUAGAGCAAUUAUGCUUUUUGAUCAGAUGUUAGUGAAGGGUGUGAAGCCUGAUGAUCUUAUACAUUUUACUCUUGCAGAAUGCCUCCAUGGAGAGGCUCAUCCAGCAUAUAGUAGUGAAUUACUCCAAUUGCUUUCAAAGAGAGAUUUCAGGAGAAAAUAAGAAUAUGCUCUUAUUUCU